UUGGAUACCAGGAAAACAACACAACAUUUUGAUAUAACGGCACCGAAGUCGUCGACGUAUUGCAGUAAAUCGUUACUGCGUCUCCGCUCCGGUACCUGAAAUUCCAACUAAAAUGGGUCUGCUCGCUAUUUUACGGAAAUUGCGAUCGAAUCCCGAUAAAGAGCUGCGUUUGUUGCUGUUGGGCCUGGAUAAUGCCGGAAAGACGACAAUUUUGAAGUCGCUGGCGAGCGAAGAUAUCACGCAGGUCACCCCAACGCAAGGUUUCAACAUAAAGAGCGUCCAAAGCGAAGGCUUCAAAUUGAAUGUAUGGGACAUCGGAGGGGCACGAAAGAUUCGACCUUAUUGGCGAAAUUAUUUCGAGAACACGGAUGUGCUGAUUUACGUCGUUGACAGCGCGGAUAUCAAAAGACUCGAAGAAACGGGACAAGAGCUGUCGGAACUCCUGCUCGAGGAAAAAUUACGAGGAGUGCCGUUGUUAGUGUACGCGAAUAAGCAGGAUCUGGGACACGCUGUGACGGCGGCUGAGAUAGCGGAGGGACUUGGUUUGCACAACAUCAAGGAUCGUGAUUGGCAAAUACAAUCUUGCAUCGCCAUCGAGGGCAAGGGUGUAAAGGAGGGUUUGGAGUGGGCAUGUAAGAACAUCAAGAGGAAAUAAUGAGCGCACUAUGGUGGUCGAGAAACACAAUCGACGUUUACCUCACAUUUAGGAUGCACGGAAGGAGCAGACUUACACUGUCCGUUGUACAUUUCACAUGAAUUUUAU